CAUUUAGUUCUAGACCACUGUGAAGGGCAGGGGGAGCAGACCCCAGAGUCAUCCCCAAGACCCUCAACUUUGCUUCUGUCGAGCACUGUUUGCUGCUAGAGCCUGGAGCAAAGCUGAUCGAUCCACUGCAUUCCCCAGGGCUCAGGCAAGGGGUCUGCAAAACACAGGCACCAUGGCACUCAGUGGUGCCUGGCUGCUGUUUCUGUAGGGUUGCCCUGCCAGUGGUGUAUUUCCAGCCGCCCGUUCUGCUGCUUUCGUCCUGCCAGUCCAUGUGGCAUGGGGGUGGCAGCAGGAAAUCUGCAGGUAGCAGAGUACAGGGAGCUAGCCUGUGCCUUGCCAGGACCCUCAGUCCUCAGUCGCUUUGCUUUGGAAUAGUUUAGGAAAGCAGGACAGAUUUUUGGACUCCUGGCAUAUCCUGUGGUGCUGGUGGCACUGUGAUUCCCUUCUUAUGCCAGGAGCAGUGGAAUGCCCUUCCUGAUCCCUGCUGUGGGCUGGAGGGAGGCAUGUGAGUCCCAUCUUUCUGAUCAGUGAUCAGUGCAUGUUGCGGAGUGCCUGAGGUUUUCUUGACUUUGCUUUGGGAGGUGCAGAGACUCACUAGCCCUGGGAAUCACUGCCUGUGUUCUGUAUCUGCCACACUGCAGCUUUGUUGUCACACGAGGUUCAUUGCCUCCUCCCUAGGGCUGCUGCCCUGGGCAGACACUGUGUACUGCCCUGCCUGGGGCAGCAUUGUGGCCAGUAGGAAUUUCUGUGCCAGGAUUUUGUCAUUGUGUGCUGGGGAAAAACUCUGGGGCUGCUCUGGGAGUUUGGAUCCAACAGCUGGGCUGUGGGACUGGCCACCCUUUAAAUAGUGCAUCCCUCCUUGUGAGGAGCAGAGCUGAGUGUACUGAGUGAGGGGAAUCUGCAAAAGAAACCAUGGUCUGAGUACUUAAACCUCCAGGACACCCUGGCUGAGGCCCCUGCUGCCUGGCUUCAUGUGUGUCAGUCUGGAAAGCAGGCUCAGAGAGAGAGAGAGAAGAAACUCUCCAACUCCUUCCCAGCCUGCAUCGCUGGUCCUGCUGAUGGGACCAAAAUAGAAACUGUGUGGCCAGCCUCUCCCCCGACCCCUGCUCAGCCUCAGCCCCAGCACCAUGGGUGAUGUCCAUGAGUCCAGGGCUCACCCUCUGCGUUUCAGCCCUGGUUAAUUCAUGGCUCAAGGCUGUCAGUCUUGCUGUUCAGCUCCUCAGCCAAAUGCAGCAACAGAUUGUUUACAUCAGUGCUGUCAGGUUUCUUGAUUGCCAGGAGGCAGAUUAUUUACUGUACUGGCAUAUAAACUUCAUAACAUUAUGAUGGUGGAAAGUUGUCAAGGGAUAUAAAUGCCCAGAGUCAGCCCAGGAGGCUCCAAGGAGAUGGUUUUGGUUUAAAUUAAGAUAAAACACUGUCUUGCAUGGAUUUUGGGAAGGAAAUCACAUUGUUGUAAUGGGAACAUUACUCUGAAUAUUAGGGCUGGCAAACUCUUCACUUUAUGAAGUCUCUGUGGAGGAUCUGAGCUACUCUGGCAGAUGUGCUUUAAAACAGAUCUCAUGUUUACCCUGAGAAGGUGGUGCAAAAGGAGAUGGCACCAUUGCAUCAUACAGAGCUUGGGGUGAAGUGGGAUGGAGCUGCCAUGAGAAGGGUGUUGGGAAAAUGCUAGGAACUGUAUUAGUCUCAGUCCCUUCUGCUCUCAGCCCCCGUUCUUCUCAGAAAACCAAAUGUGAGCAUUGUGGAGGGCCAGGCAUGAAGGUGGGAUGGUUUUUGCCUUGCUUUGCUUGAGGCAUGGCUAGGCAGUGUCCUUUCACCUGGCUCUGCCUACUAUGACAAACUGUCAGACUGUGGUGUUUCAUUCUUUGCCCUUCUACAAUCGUCCCCCAAGGCAGCUGCCGGUCCUUGGUGUUGCAUCUGUCACCCUGACUUGCUCAUUUGAAGAAAGCAUCUUAGAAGUUGUAUCUCCUCCCUGUGGUGUUCCCAGCUCCUGACUGGCUGUGAGUUGUGCUCGUGCUCAGCCAGGUACAAGAUGAAUACAGAGUCUACACUGAUAUAGCUGCCUGUCCCUUGUGAAGCAGUGCUGUCCUGGGACCUCCAGGUUGGCCACCCAGAGUGCCCAGUGACACUGACAGUCUUCUGAGCAAGUUGGCAAACAUGAUUAGGUAUUGCUGUCAUGCCCAUGCUCAGUAGCCCUGACAGGGACCUCAGGGACCACAGGGCUGGGAGGAGGUCCUUUGCAGCUGCAUGCAUCUGACCACCAGCUGGUUUCUAAGCACUUACCUUGCUUUCUUACUAGCAGAGAGGUCUGAAUUUAUCUUGAUCAGGCCCAGGACUCACUGAAAGAUGAGAUGUGUUGCCCUCUGAGUACCCUGCUAGGAUCAGAAACUGGCUUCUGCAGCUUGGAGGGGCAACCUUGCAGUUGCAGCAGUAAUCCCCUCCUCUGCAGAGUGACAGUGCAACUGAGGAUGUCCUUGUCCUUGUUCUGGGAAUACCAUGCUCCUGCAGCUCAGAAGCCUGGAAGUGGCCCAUAUAGGUGGUGGCACUUGUUGCAGUAGGUCAAGUGUAUGAAUCCUGAAACAGAUGAGCAUAGCCCAUAGCUCACCUCUCAUGGUGCUUUGAAAGGCUCAUGGCUUGGAUGGAGCCUCUGCAUCCCUGUGCUGGGGGGAGCCCCAUCUCCUUGCUUAUACUGGACCCAAUAUGGGGAAGCUCCUGACUCAGUUUUAUUUGUAUGAUGGUAGGAGAGAUGACAGCUGGAAUGGAAAUUCUGAGUAGAAACAAAGUGCACAGUAUGGGAACUUGCUGAUUACUGCACACCUCACUGCAGCUAAAGCCUGAGGGCUGCACCACAUCUUGACCAGCAUUUUCCCUUCCCCAUCUGGCACAGGGGCACCUUCCUCAGCAGACCUCAUCUGUGCAGGUUGCUCUUGUAAGGUCAGAGAAGCCUGGCUGGGGAGCCCCAGGGAGGGGAGAGGUCGGUGAUGAUGUGUGGGAAGCAGGACUGGAGAGCGGGGACAGGAUCUCAGCAGGGGUGGUGUAAGGACAGUAGUGUACAUGGGAAGAUUGAAUAUCAGAGCACUGAAAGGGCAUUGCGGGUUGUGCAAGCUUGCGAUGGAAACAGAGGCUGAAGGCAACCAGUGGUGUGCCAGCGGGGUGGGAAUGAGCAGCAGCUCUCUGGAUGGGCUCCUGGGCCCCUCAGUCCCUCCAGUGCCCUGGCAGGGAGGAGGCAGGGAGGAAGCCCAGGAGAUCUUGCUGUCACACAGGAGUGCCUAUUAAUAACACACUUUCCUUGUGGCUGAUCUGUAUGAGUCAAGUGUCUUUGCCAGGAGAAGACAGAUUGUAAACUGAAGUGGGCUCCUGCUCACACUCUGCCAGCUCCAGUGCCACAGCAGCUCCCCAGCACCCACAGCUAGCCAGGAUGCAGGAAUCCAGCCAGCUGCCAUCAGGACAGGUGCUCGUCAUGGAACAGGGCGAAGCUCUCAGACUUGUUUCCCUGGUAGUCCCGUGGAUGGAAAAAAUGCUUUCCAGUUGACUAAUUGGAGGUUUGCUGAAAGGUCAGAAGGAGCUGAUGGUAUUAUUAUGUCCAGACUUCUCUGUGGCUCAAGGCUUGUGCAUUUAUCAGCAACAACCUGCAGUAUGGUUCUCUUGCCUCCUUUGGUGCCAGAUUUGUCACUGUAUGAAGGUAACAUGAGAUCUCUCUUGCUUCUGGGCACUGACAGGAAUGGACCCGGCUGCUGGAGUCACAAAGGGAAUAAUAAUGCAGAGGAAGGGCCAAGAGGGUGUGUGGCACAGGAUCCCUCUGCCUACCACAGAGAGCCUGUUAAGUAUGGUACAUGGGAGUUUGCUCUAGGUUAGUGAAACAAAGCAGAAUAGUGGAGCUGAAUAUCCAGAUUCUCUUCGUGAUGUGGGCAAAGAUUAUGUCAUGGGGAACACUGCAUGUUUAGGCCUAAGGGUCAGCCUGUCUGGUUUUGGAAUCACCAUCACCAAAUGAGAGCUAGCUGCUGGAUAUCUGGAGAGAUGUCUCCAUAACAGCUGAUUCACAAGCUCUUCGUCCACUGCAGUUACAAGAUGCACGUUUUUCCUCUUGGAUCCCUGCUGUUCUUUCCAAGGGUGUUUAGAUCUUGAUGGGACAUGUUCCUGCUUCAGCAGCAUCUCUGUACUGAGGCCAGGCAGGGUGUGUAGGAUGCUUUGAGGAGUCUGGUAGUAAAAAACACCCCACCUUUCAAGAGCUCUGAUUGCAGAUCAUGAGCAGACCAGAGUUGCUAUCUCCUUCCUUAUUCACAGAAGGAGAUUGAAAAGACAGUGUGUAUCUGCUCAUAAGUAGAGCUGGUAUCUCAGAACAUGCAGCAGUACUUCCUUACUUUGCACCCUACAAAUGCCAGGCUGCCUCAAUCCAGCCUCCUUAUCUAACUGAGCUGAGUAAUGUGCUCUACAAAGCAGCCACAGUUGCUGGCUCCUCUCCAUUUUUUCUCCAUGACAAACAAUGGAGAUGCCAGAAAUAUGCUGGUGUUAAGUCUGGGCCUUCCAAGGCUUAGCUGUUUUCGGGCUCCUCUCUGCCUAUUGCAUGGUUCCCCAGCUGCUCUGCAUGCAGCUCUGCUAAUGCAUAUCAACCAUGGGCAGCCCCGGCAGUUUGUCCAUCUGCUCCACCAGCAGCAGCUCUCACACCUGCAAUCCACCAUUUGGAGCUCAGGUUGGAGGUGAGAUGCAAGAGGUGGGGAUAUGUUCACCCAGCAUAUCUGAGCUGCCACAUGCUGCUCUCAUGGGCUGUCAGAUGGCAAUCUUGUAAUAACCUUCACCACUGGUGGUCAGAGCUUGAUUCCACGUGCCAUUUACAGACAGCCCUGAAGAUAAAAAGGUCCGCAGUCAGCUAGUGCUCAAACAUAAAUGUCAAACCAAGGUUGUUGUAGCAGAUUUCCUCACGAGACUGGUGCAAAAAGGAAGGAAGCUGUGUUAAGAGAUCUUCCUGCCCACAGCAGCAACACAGUAAGCAGUGGAGCAGCUUUGUGCUGGUGGAAUAUCUGGGGUAGGAGGGAACAGCCAUUCAGCUCAUUUGAGGUGCCUUUGGUCAGUAUGUCUCCCCCAGGAGCUAAAGCAGACCAAAAAAAGGUCUGUUGCAAUUGUGCCACAUCCUGUAUUCUUGCUUGUAUUUUUAAUGUGUUUUAUUUGUUCCGAAAGGUUUUAAUACCUGUUGGUGAAGAUGCUCAUUGGCAGCCAUCUGAACAUGAUCCAGCAUGUGCCAAGUGGCCAUGAAGGCUAACAGUAUCCUGGCCCGUGUCAGUAAGUGUGGCCAACAGGACUGGAAAGUGACUGUUUCUCUGUACUCAACAUUGGUGAGGCCACACUUUGAGUGUUGUGUCCAGUUUUGGGCCCUCCUCCUGCCACUGAGGUGCUGGAGCACAUCCAGAGGAUGUACAGCUGGUGAAGGGUCUAUGGAACAAGUCUUAGGAGAAAUGGCUGAGGAAGCAGGAGUCUCAUGGGAGACCUUAUUGAGCUCUAUAACUACCUGAGAGGAGAUUGUAGCAAGGUGUGGGGUCAGUCUUUUCUCCCAGGUAACAAGUGAUAGAACAAGAGGAAAUGGCCUCCAAAUGUACAGGGAAAGUUCAGAUUCUCUGAUUCUAUGCUGUUUACUGUGCAUCGUCUUGCAGAUAAUAUGGAGAGGGUACAUAAAUGGAGCACUGCAGUGUGGGGAACAGACUGGAAGCAGAGUCAUCAGCAAAAUGCUGCAGCCCUCUGUGAAGCUGCAUGGGCCUUGGGUGGAUUGAACCUUCUGGUGACCAAGUACCUGCCUGCAUUGCUUGCAGUGGUAGGACUUGAGAAAUACUUCUGAGGAGGUGACACUUUGGCUUUGCUUUCAGUUCAGCCAGGCUUUAGCUGCCCUGAUGCUGCUCUCUGGAGCCCAUUGCCUUCCUUCCUUCCUUCCUGCCUGCCUCCUUCCCUCCCUUCCUCACUCAUCCCUCCUUCCCCUACAUUACUGAGUAUAGGCAUGGUGAUAAGCCUAUGGAAACUGAAGAGCUGGCUUCCUUGUCUGCAAGGGUGGAGGAGACCAAACCAAGCCUUGUCUUUUCCAAGAAUACAAACUCACCUUUGUAUUCAUCUAUUAAAAGAGGUACAGCCCAAUGUGCUGUUUGUGCUACAAGCACUAUCAAAAACUCCGUUUUGUCCAGAAGACAAAACCUGUGUCCCAUCUUACAUGCAUUUCCCAAAUAAACAGAGAAGAAGCUUCUGAUAAAUGCACCUAUUUUUGUGGGCCUUAGGUCAUUGGAAGUUUGGGCCAGAGUGAUGUCCUGAAGGUUCUCUGAUAUUACUGAUCCAUAAGAAUGUAAAAGGGCAUGGUUAGAGAGGAAGAUAGAAGAAGGGGAGGAGAUGUCAGUCUGCGUGGUGAGCAGCAUGCCCAUGCUCUCAUGGUGGGUAGAGGAGAUGCCUUGCACAGUAUGGAAAUCCUUGAGAGUGGUGGUGAUGAUGGCUUUUGUGUGCUUGCAGGCUACUAUGACUGAGUCCCCUGCCUUGGGAGCAAUUGAGAGAAGUUUGCUUCCACCAAACUGUGGGUUUUGGUGGGUUUUUUAAAGCUGGCCUUGAAUAAAUCCUCUAGCAGCUGAAGAGAGGUGGCAGCUGGAGGGUGGGAAAUGAAGCACUGUCUCUGGAGGAGGGGAGCACUGGAGCUAGCCAGACUCAGCUCCUUCCACUCAGGCCUUUGUGUGCUGAGCUACUGCCACUGAAAGUGUUGCAGUGCCUUCCACCCCUGACUUUUAACAGACUGCUGCAAUGUCCAGGCAGACCAUCGAACUUUGAGAACUGGGCAGGGAAAGCAUGAGCUUUCCAUAAAGCUCAUUCUCCCAUGAGAAGGAAGUUCUGCUUAGGACAGAUGGGAUGAUCUUCCUAACUCUUCUCUGCCCUGCUCCAGCCUCUCCCAGCUUCCAGCUCUCCCAGACCUCUUCUACCAAAUUCUCCUGCCGUGGUUUUACUGGCCUGGUCGAUUUUCCUCUGUAGGACUCACAACGGCUUUACUUCAAUUUGCUACAAAUUUGGUGGGACUGAUACCUAAGUAGAGUGGUUCCUGUGUGGAAACCAGGUGGAUCAGCAUCAGGAGAAUGGUAGGGGUAAUGGAGGUGCCAGGGCUGAUUGGCACCUCGGAGUGCACAGGCGUUCUGCUUAGUGGAGUGCAGGGAAUGCAGAGGGUCCUGGCCAGGCGGUGACACCUUCCCUGCCAUUGCAACCCUCUGGGCUGAGCUGUGAGACUCGUGGAGCAGUAAAGCUAUGGGGAGCAACACUACCACACGCCUCUGGUAGCAUUGCCAUGUCUCCCACUCCCUGCUUCAGCCCUCUAUCCCUUGCUUCCCACUGUCCCCUUGCCCUGACAGCCACAGCAUGGCCUGGGACUCAUGGGGGAGCUUACUUAAUCCCUGGUCUCUGUGUUAACAGCCACCAUCCGGAUGCAAUGGAAAGCUUUUUCAGGCGGCACUUUGGGCGGAAGGGGCUGCGGCGCAGCAGCGUGGUGGCUGUGCCCACGGGCAAGGCCAGGCGGCGCUCCCAGGUGGGGCUGCCCUCCGCCUCGCUGGCCCAGUGCCGCCGCGGCUCAGGCACCGCAGCGGCAUCCCUCUCCUGCCUGGGGCUGGUCCGGCGUCCCGGCACGCGUCGCCGCUCCAGCACCACGCCGCCCUGCCUCAGCCCCAGGUUUGCCGUGCAGAAGAAGCGCGGAGGCCAGGCACAAGCCAUUGAUGCCCAGCUGCUGGGUCCCACUGUCCUCCUGGCCAGCCUCCUUCCCACGGGGGAGGAGGAGGACGGGGCUCACUGCACUGACAGCUCCACAUCUGAGUCUCCAGAGGACGGUGGUGCAGCAGCAGGAGCUGAGCAGGGCCAGCACGAGCAUAGCGCUGAGGAGACGUGGUUGGCCAUGCUGCCCCAGCUGCGGCCGCUGCAGGCAGGGCUGCUGUCGCGGGGCCCCCGCUGCCUGCGGCGCGCCUCCUCCCACCGCCUGCCCACCGAGGCCCUGCACGGCCGGGCUGCCUACGGCCUGCCAGGCCGCUACCGCCGCCUCAGCCAGCGCCGGCGCUCCAGUGAUGCCCCUCAGCCUGGGCCGCUCCCCUCUGGCCACCCCCGGCGGCUGGCCCAGCGCUGUGCAGGAGUGGCUGGAACCAAGUGCCCCUCUGCCACCCUCGUCAAGGGUUUGGGACCGGAGCCCACUGGCCACACCACCCCGGACGGCUGGAGCCCCCGGCUGCUGAAAGCUAUUGCUAAAUCCAGUCUCCAACACAUGGUGGCCCAGCCAAACCCAGCACUAGCCAUGAGGAGCGACUCGGAGAGGCAGAUACGCAGCACUGUGGAUUGGAGCGAGGCUGCGGUCUAUGGGGAGCACAUCUGGUUUGAGACCAAUGUCUCUGGUGACUUUUGCUACGUUGGGGAACAGAACUGCAUGGCAAAGCUUCUGCAAAAACCUCUCUCCAGGCGCAAGUGUGCAGCCUGCAAGAUCGUAGUGCAUACACCCUGCAUCGAACAGCUGGAGAAAAUAAAUUUUCGCUGCAAGCCUUCCUUCAGGGAGUCAGGAUCCCGGAACAUACGGGAGCCCAUUGUUGUCCGACAUCACUGGGUGCACCGGAGGCGGCAGGAAGGGAAGUGCCGGCAGUGUGGCAAGGGUUUUCAGCAGAAGUUUGCCUUCCACAGCAAAGAGAUUGUAGCCAUCAGCUGUUCCUGGUGCAAACAAGCGUAUCACAGCAAAGUAUCGUGUUUCAUGCUGCAACACAUUGAAGAGCCCUGCUCACUGGGGGCUCACGCUGCUGUCGUCGUUCCUCCCACCUGGAUUCUGCGGGUCCGGCGGCCCCAGGUGAGUCACUUCAGCUCUUGGGGCUCUUUCAAAGUUACCACUUUGCCCAGUGUCUCUUCACAGAGUUUUUGUGUUUGUUCCUUUUCUCUACAGAAUCCACUGAAGUCUAGUAAAAAAAAGAAGAGGACAUCAUUCAAGCGGAAAUCCAGCAAAAAGGGGGCUGAGGAAGGGAGGUGGAAACCCUUUGUCAUCAAGCCCAUGCCAGCUCCUCUCAUGAAGCCCUUGCUGGUGUUUGUGAACCCCAAGAGUGGUGGGAAUCAGGGAGCCAAGAUCAUCCAGUCCUUCAUGUGGUAUCUCAACCCACGGCAGGUUUUCGACCUCAGCCAGGGUGGACCCAAGGAGGCGUUGGAGCUGUACCGCAAAGUCCACAACCUCCGGAUCCUGGCGUGCGGGGGAGAUGGCACGGUGGGCUGGAUACUCUCCAUUCUGGACCAGUUACGCAUCAACCCACCUCCUCCUGUGGCCAUCCUACCUUUGGGGACAGGGAACGACUUGGCCAGAACACUGAACUGGGGUGGGGGUUACACAGAUGAGCCUCUGUCCAAGAUCCUAUCGCACGUUGAAGAUGGGAACAUUGUACAGCUUGAUCGCUGGAACCUCCAUGUGGAGCCAAACCCUGACACAAGCCCUGAGGAAAAGGAUGAGGCAGCUGCUGACAAGCUCCCUUUGGAUGUCUUUAAUAAUUACUUCAGCCUUGGCUUUGACGCACGGGUGACGCUGGAGUUCCACGAAUCUCGAGAGGCCAACCCAGAGAAGUUCAACAGCCGGUUUCGGAAUAAAAUGUUCUAUGCUGGGACGGCCUUCUCCGACUUCCUCACCGGGAGCUCCAAAGACUUGGCGAAGCAUGUCAGGCUGGUUUGUGAUGGGAUAGACCUGACCUCCAAGAUUCAGGACCUGAAGCCCCAGUGCCUGGUCUUCCUUAACAUCCCAAGGUACUGUGCAGGCACCAUGCCCUGGGGCAACCCUGGGGAGCACCAUGACUUCGAGCCCCAGCGCCAUGAUGAUGGCUGCAUUGAAGUUAUCGGCUUCACCAUGACAUCACUGGCUGCCUUGCAAGUCGGUGGCCAUGGGGAGCGGCUCUGUCAGUGCCGGCAGGUGGUUCUCACCACAUUCAAGGCCAUCCCCAUGCAGGUAGAUGGAGAGCCCUGCAAGCUGGCAGCUUCCUGCAUCCACAUCUCUCUGCGCAACCAAGCCAACAUGCUGCAGAAGACCAAGCGGCGCAACUCCAUGCCUCUGCUCAAUGACCAGCAGCCAGUGCCCGAGCGGCUGCGGAUCCGAGUGAGCCGCAUCAGCAUGCGCGACUAUGAGGCACUGAACUAUGACAAGGAAAAGCUCAAGGAAGCCUCUGUGCCACUGGGGAUCAUCGUGGUUCCAGGAGACAGUGAUCUGGAGUUGUGCCGGACUCAGAUUGAGAAGCUACAGGAGGAUUUCCCUGCACAGCCCUCUGCUUUAGAGCGCCUGCUCUUCCAGGAGGGAGAUGGAGCCAAGCCGAAGACAGUGUCAUUCCAGAGGCUGUCACCCAAGUGGUGCUUCCUGGACUCAACCACGGCCGAUCGGUUCUACAGGAUAGACCGCGCACAGGAACACCUAAACUAUGUGACAGAGAUCUCUCAGGAUGAGCUCUAUGUCUUGGACCCAGAGCUAGUGGUCACUCAGACUGUGAGCACUUCUCCUGCCAUGCCUGACCUCGUGGACUCAUCUGCCACACCCCCUGGGCACCAUUUUGCAUUUCCUUCCUGUUCCUCCUCUCCAUCCUCCUCUCCUGCCCCCAGCGCUGAGCCUGAGCACUGCCUUCCACAUAAAGAUGACCUUCUGAUAGAAGCUGCCAAGAGUGGCAACUUCAGCAAGUUCCAAGAGCUGCACCAAGCUGGAAGAGACCUGAUGGUGCGAGAUUCCUCGGGCCAGACUGUCCUCCACCAUGCUGUCAAAUCAGGAAGCAAGGACAUCGUCAAAUACAUCAUCGAGAAUGCUCCUUCAGAGAUCCUUGAUGCCACAGAGGAGGAGAACGGUGAAACCAGCUUGCACCAGGCUGCAGCCUUACGCCAGCGCACUAUCUGCCACUACAUCGUGGAGGCUGGGGCCUCGCUCAUGAAGACAGACCUGCAGGGAGACACCCCGAAGCACCGUGCUGAGAAGGCCAACGACCCCGACUUAGCUGCCUACCUCGAGAACCGACAGCACUACCAGAUGAUCCAGCGGGAGGACCAGGAGACAGCUGUGUAGUGCUUGGCGUGCCUUAGCCCGAGCCAGCUCUUUCAGGAUGAGAAGAGUACAAUGCCAACUGCAGAGAUGUAUCUGGCCCAACCCUCCCCAGAUGCCAGCCUGCUCCCUGGAGAUGGACACAGAAGAGCUCUGCCCCAGGUGGGCUGGAACUCUGUUUAUGAGGACAAUGGAUAUUUCAGACUUGAAUCCUGAUUCUUUGUGUGUGCCCUUCACCUCUCAUUCAUCACAUUCCCUGCCCUAGGUGGGCUCUAUCCUCCAGCCAUGUUGGAGCAGGCCAGGCUGAAGCCUCCAGUCACCCUUGUUCAUGGGAGUAAUUCCAGUGCCCCCUCCACAGGCUCCUACCUAUAAUCCUUAUGGGAUAUCAUUGCUCAGUCCUUCUCUCUGCUGGCAGUGCCCCUCUUUUAGGUGCUUGGCUAGGUUUGUGUCCUGUUCCUCCUCUCCUGUCUGGCACAGCUGUGGGAGGCACAGGCUGCAGAGGCUGUGAGCCACAGACUGCCCCAAAGGAAGCACCACAACUUACUGGCCCUGCUUUCUUCUCCCUCCUGGGGCUGCACCAGGUCUCUGUGUUGCCCUACCCAGAGCCUUCUGCAGCAGGAGGGAAGUCACUUGUGCAUCCAGACUUUCCUCAGAGUAUCUGGGUCUGGUGCAGCUGGAAGUAGAGCAGCAGGUGCUCUCCUGAUGGACCUUUAGUUCUCAGUCAGCAGUCUGACUCAGGGCUGGGAUGGCAUGGAGGAAGGCUACCAAACCCUCUCACCACGCUUCUCUCCACGGGGCUGGGUGGAACAGUUUGCACACCCACUCUGCUGAGCAUCUCUUUGUGAGCCAGCUGCAGGAUGGUGGAGAGCUGCACUCAGCUGGUGCAGUGGCAGCUGUGAUGUCUGUUGUAUUUCCCAAGUGCUGAGUUAGAUUCAGCUGCCCUCCUUGCUUGGGUUUCCCCCUCAAUGCUAGACUUUGCACGAGGCUGGAUGGGCAGUGCUGGGGUCAGUGCUGCUCUCAGGGAUCCCCUCCUUCCCCCCAACCUGGCAACAUGCAUCCUCUUAGGCUGACUCCUGCUAUUCCCCAGACUAGGCACAGGGCUUUGCAGGGAGCUGACCAACCCACCUGGGUAGACCAUGAACCCGCCCUCUCCAGUUUUAGUAGAAAGAAGGAUUUGGAUUCCCAGGAACCAUCAGGGCUCCUAGCCCUGAGUCAUGCCUACAGUGGGAUGGAGUUUCACAAAUCGCCUGCCAUGGGGCAUGAGGCACCACAAUCCAUCUCCCCUGUUGAUGCUGUGAGCACUUGAUGCCAAGACAUCAAGCCAGGCCUUAAGCAAGGCUUUUGCAGAACUGAGUCUCUGAGACCAGGAGGUGCCCACAGAGGAGGAAAGCUGAUGGCUCUGAGCCUAGCAGACCUGCUUGGCACUUUUGGGUGGGCAGUGGUUUUGAAGGGAGUUGCUGUUCACAUCUUUGCUCUAGGAGAGGAUACUGCUGCUGCCAUGUGAGGUCUGUGCAGUCCCUCUGCACUGACAUGCAGCUGUGCCCACUGGGUCAUGCUGGGUGGCACUGUUUGACUCCCUCCAAGUACCAAGAAAAGGGUAUGAGGACACUGUAGGGAACCAGAAUACCCUUCCGACUUUUUGUCCGGGGGCAGGGUUUCCUUGAAGGAUGGGGAUGCUGUACUGGGGAGCAGAGGCACAGGGCAGUGCAGGGUGCCCAGGGGCCAGUGUCAGUGUUGGCAAAUAAUAAUGAUAGUGUACUAAUGCAUUGACAACUGGGACACUCCAGAAGUGCCUGGAGUUCUCAGCAGCACUGCUGGCAGGCCACUAAUAGACAAGGCACUGUCACUUCUCAGAGGUCCACACCACAGGAUGCCCAACUUGGCCCAGAGGCAUUUAAGCCUCAGCUUUUCCCUUUCUCCUUUAUAGUUUUUUGUACAGGUAGUUGAGAGACACACUGUCCCCCUCCCUGCCUAGCCCCUCCAUGCACCUGUGAGCUGAGUUGCUGUGCAAUUCCAAGCCUGCUUAUAUUUUGGUGAAGAAGGAGGGGGUGUUGGUUUCCCUGCUCCCUAAGGGCAGGGGUUCUGUGCAAUACCUGGGUCUGUGUUUCUUAGACACUGUUGUAGGAUUGUAUUUUUGUAAUUAUGUGAGGGUGCUGGCUCCAGCUGGCCCAGGGCCUGGCAUGAGCCUGUAUUCCUAUUGCUUUUCAACUUCGACUGUUUGGAUGUUGUUGUUUCUUGCCAUUGUAAUAAAGAGAUUGAUGUUUUA